AUGGACGACGACUCCGUCCCGGCCUACAUCCCCAUUCCACUCGCCGGCGUCCCCAUCCAACCCCCACCCGACGCUGGCAUGCCCAACGGUGAACGACCACCAGCCGGCGGGACACCGCUGGCCGCGAAUGCGACCGCGACCACGUCCACUUUCCCGCCACCGCCUAGCGCGCCGCCCGUCCGCAAGCUCAUUCCCACAACCACGGGCCUCAGUACUAACGUGUCCGACCUCGUGCUGAGCUCGCUGCUGCCGGCCAACUUGCCAAAGCUGCCGUCCACGCAUCCCCCCGGUCGGGCACGCGAGCUGACGAGCCAGAGGGAGGGGUUAGGGCUCAACGUCAUGAGCAACAACUUCCGGCGCUUCGUGACCAAGGUUGGGCCCAUCUUCUGGCUCCAGGAUCGCGUGGAGGAAGUGCUCUUCUGGCAGAAGCCGACGUGGACUUGGGCGUGGAUCCUCACAUGGACGUUCAUCUGCUUCCAGCCGCGUGUGCUCCUCUUCCUCCCCACCGCGAUCCUGCUAGUUCUCUACACAUGGCUGCAGGAGCGCAAGCAUCCUGUCCCAUCCUUGUUCGGCGUCACCCUCACGCCGACGCCGGCGGGCUCGAUGCGCGUUGGCGGCGACGACAACCCCAACUCCUACAGCGUCAGUACGGCACCCGAUAGCGACGGCACGCCGGUCGUGCCGCCCAAGGAGGCCGAGUCGUCUGUCGACUACUUUAUGAACAUCCAGGCGAUUCAGAACCUCAUGGGCCUCAUCGCAGACAUGUUCGAUGCGGUUACGCCCUAUCUCACCCUCAUCGCUGGCAAGGACACGUCCCCCACGUCCUUUCCCCUCAAGCCGACCACCGUUGUCCUUGCGCUCAUCCCCCCUACUCUUAUCGUGCCGCUCACGCCGGGGUGGGCGAUCAAGUACCUCCUCCUCCCUAUGGGUAUCGCGCCGCCCCUCCUCUUCCACCCAAACUUCAUGGCCGCCAUCGAGGCUGCUCCUCGUUCCAAGCGGGUGCUGGAGGCGCGCGCCAUGGCCGAGGAGGCGGUGAUGACGGACGUGUUGUCGGACGACCUCGCGCGCCGCCCGAUCUCUCGGGUCGAGGUGUGGGAGAACGAGCGUCUCGACCCCACCGCCGUCUCCAAGACACCCCUUCCGCCCGGCUCGUGGUCGGUGCGUUUCCUUCGCGCCGGCGAACGUGCAGCCUGGGUCAAAGUCCGGCAGGCGGACUCGGCCUGGGCGGCUGAGGAGGUCGGCGACGAGGGCCCGAACAUGGUGCUGAGCUUGCACGACCACUGGAACUUUGUCCCGGGCGAAGACUGGCGCGUCGAAGUGUGUGGUCUGUGGAGCGAUGUGGGUACAGACGCCGACGGCUGGGCAUACUCGGAUGACGGGUGGCAGCAUCCUUCCCCAAGUCCGAAGGACGACGGAACGCGCCGUGUGACGCGCCGCCGCCGUUGGUGGCGUCGUGUGUACCGCGACGACCGGGAAGUGUAG